AUGGCUCUGCAGGGGCCGGAGGAGGUAGGGGAGCAGGUUGAAGAGCCGGAGGACCUGGACGACCAGGACGCUAGCAGCAUCUCCCCGGCCGAAGAGAUAACCCUUCCACCGGGGACGGGGGGCGACGAAGAGCCGGAGGAGGCUUUCCUCCUGCCGUGGGACCGCUUUUCCUCCUGGCUGCACUGCAUCUGUGUGGUCGGCUUCGACCUGGAGCUGGGCCAGGCGGUGGAGGUAAUUUAUCCUCAUCAUUCCAAACUGUCAGAGAAAGAGAAAACAAGCAUCUGCUACCUUUCCUUCCCAGACUCCAACUCAGGUUGCCUUGGCGACACGCAGUUCUGCUUCCGCUUUCGACAGGGAUCCAACAGGAAGUCGUCCCUUGGGUGUUUCCUGGAAAACACAGAUCGAGACGCGCCGCCCUGCCUGAAGCGGGAACAAGGCCAUUACUACGGCUAUGUGUAUUUUCGUCAGGUUCGAGACAAAUCCCUGAAGAGAGGAUACUUCCAGAAGUCCCUGGUUCUGAUCAGUAAGCUGCCGUAUGUGACCUUCUUCCACUCGCUGCUGAAGAUCAUGGCUCCGGAGUACUUUGAGAAACAGGAGCCGUGCCUGGAGGCCGCUUGUAACGACAUCGACCGCUGGCCGACGCCGCAUCCUGGACGAGUCCUGACUCUGCCGAUCAUGGGCGUCGUCAUCAAGGUUCGCAUCCCAACCUGUUACGAUAAACCAGGAACCUCCCAGUUGGUCCAGUCAGCCCAGGGUGACAGUUUGGUUUCAAUCAUUCUCCCGACGAUCCAUGAAGUCGACUUGUUCAGGUGCUUCUACCCGGUCUUCUUCCACAUCCAGAUGCUUUGGGAGUUGGUGUUGCUAGGGGAGGCCCUGGUCGUCAUGGCGCCGUCGCCCGCUGAGUCGUCAGAAACCGUGCUGGCGUUGGUCAGCUGUGUCUCUCCGCUGCGUUACUGCAGCGACUUCAGGCCGUACUUCACCAUCCAUGACAGCGAGUUUAAGGAGUACACGACCCGGACGCAGGCUCCGCCGUCCGUCAUUCUGGGAGUGACCAAUCCCUUCUUUGCAAAGACUCUGCAGCACUGGCCGCACAUCAUCCGCAUCGGAGACAUGAAGCAAGCAGGAGAAGUGGCCAAGCAGAUGAAGGUGAAGAAACUGAAAAACCUGAAAACUCUGGACUCCAAACCUGGUGUGUACACUGCCUACAAGCCAUAUCUCAGCAAAGAUGAAGAAAUCAUCAAGCAGCUCCAGAAGGGCGUCCAACAGAAGAGACCGUCGGCGGCUCAAAAUGCGAUUCUUCGACGGUACUUUUUAGAGCUGACUCAGAGCUUCAUCAUUCCUCUGGAGCGAUACGUGGCCAGCCUCAUGCCUCUGCAGAAGUCCAUCAGUCCCUGGAAGAGUCCGCCUCAGCUCCGGCCUUUUGUCCAGCCUGACUUCAUGAAGACUCUGGAGAAAGCAGGACCGCAGCUCACCUCCAGGCUCAAAGGAGACUGGAUAGGACUGUACAGGCAUUUUCUAAAGUCUCCCAACUUUGACGGCUGGUUCCGGAGCAGGAAAAGAGAAAUGACUCAGAAACUGGAGGCUCUCCACCUGGAGGCUCUGUGUGAGGAGGACCUUCAGCAGCGGAUCCAGAAGCACACAGAGGUGGAGGCGGUAGAUCUGGUUCUGAAGCUCAAAGACAAACUGAGCCAGGCGGAGCGGGAGCAGCUCCCGGUCCGGCCGGGGACUCUGUCCAAACUCAGAGCCCACAUCCAGGCCGUCAUCCUGGCCUUACCAGAGGACCUGCAGGGCAUCCUCCACAAGCCGCCCACAUCCUGAGAGCGGGCCGAGGCCCAGCUGGAGGCCUGCUCGGCUCAAACACGGCCUGGGGAAUGAUGCGGUCUGGACUGGCCUGGAGCUGCCAGAUGAAGCGUUUUGUUUGGGAAAUGAAGGAGAGCUGAUCACGUUCCCACAUAGUCCACUACUAAUCCUGAACCUGUGGGGAGUAGCGGACAGGAAAACUGACUCAACAUUUUUACUUCUGAACAUCUUCGGUUCCUAUUUUUGAACCAGGCUUCAGAGUUUUCAUCCAUUUUUUUUUCUUUAAAGAAAGUGCCCAACACACUCGCAUGCGCUCACACACACUCAGACUUAUGCAAACAAACUGAACCGAGCAGAGCCAAGCAGUGCAUUAUAUUUAUAUUUCACAGAAAUGUUCUUUAUUGAAACACAAACAGCAUUCAGAACCAGCAACCUGCUCAAAUCCUGCUGCUGUGAAGCGUCGCUCAGGAGCCACGACACCACUACCAGUCUCGCAUCUCUCUGCAUUGGGUAGCUCACCGUCUCUGCAACAUGCAUGGUGCAAAUUUGAUUUGUUUUUGUCUGAACGCUGAAUUUGUGUCCAUUUUUAACUGAGCUCAGUGUUGAAGAAGCAACAGUGGUGCAUUUAAAACCUCAAAAAUACAAUUUUCUUGUCCAAUUUUUAGUGCAAAUAUAUUAGUUCACCUGAAAGAAGACAAAACUAACUUACAAGAAACUUUUCAGCAAGACAUGAGCUUAUUUUCAGCAGUUAAUUCUUGAAAAUCGAUUUUUAAAAAGUAGUAGUUCCACUAGAUUAUUUAACUUAUAACAAGACAUUUUACCAUGUUAUAAGAUAAAUAAACAUAAAUUUUAUGUAACUAUUUUCUUAAUACAAGUUCCUGUAUCUUGUUACUUGUAAAUUAGUUUAGUUUUUACCAAGAUAUUUUGUGUUUUUGCAGUGAACCUGGUGACCACACUCCAAAAACACAAAAUCUUUUUUGUCAAAUUUUGAUUGAAAAAUUUUAUUACACUUAAAAAAGAAAACUAACUUAUAAGUAACUUUUCAGCAAGAUGUGGAAGCUUCCAUUAAGUUAGUAAUUCCUUAACAUUAACUUAAAAAGUACUAGUUUCACUGGCAGAUUAUUUCACUUAUUACAAGGGGAAAAUGUUUUAUGUGUAAUAAUCUGCGGGUGGAACCAGUAAAACAAGCUUCUAUGUAUUUCUUGCUGAAAAAUUAAAAGGUUGUGUUUUGUCUUAUUUCAAGUGAACCAAGAUAUUUGCACCAGAAACUAGAGCAGAAGGACUUGGUAGGAUUUUGUGUUUUUGCAGGAUGUUGAAGGAAAAAGAGGCGUGAAGUUAUAAUAGCAAAAAAUCAUAAACAGAAAUAAGAAAUAUUUAAAUGUGGUCAUUACAUUAUGAGUACAAGAUUUUAACAUCAGAAUGUGAAACUCUAGCUAAUGUGAAAAUUAAGAUGCAGUUCAUCAUUCAUUUAAUGUAAAAUUCAUAUUUUUCUCCUGAUUUCCUUUUUCUUCUGCUGAUAAGUGUGUGGAGUAUUUUUGACUUACCAGCAGUGAAAUUAAUGCAGACAUAAAUAUACAGACUUAUGUAAAAAUUUACCUAUUAAUAUUACUUUAAUAAAUGAGCAACAGGUAAUUAGAAACUUAAACACCAGAUGAUUAAUGCUUGGUUUCCAGUGAGCGGUAUGGAUCGGUAAUGUGGGUCGCUUUCACACUGAAACAGACAAAAUGGCGUCCUAAACCGCACUGGCCUGCAUUGCUGCCUGGAAACGUCACCAUAACUGAACACUAGCUGCUCUGAUUCAAUCAUCUGACAUUAUUUCAACCAUUUUAUGCUAAACUUCUGAUAUCCGUUUCAGAUGUGUUGCAUAAAUGAAGUUUAUCCAUUGACUUACGGCCUUCAUGACAAACAGGAUGCACAAAUUUGAAUUGUGAAUUUUCUCUAAUCCACACCAAGUCAAAUCUUUACAUACAAGCUUAAAUAUUGUUCAUUGUUUCCCAGUAACAUUUGUGUAAAUCUCCGAUAGCUGGUUGUAGAGUAAACUUUUACUUUUGCUGCG